UGAAGGCAUUCAUUUAAUGCUCAAGUAGAACAGCUCAGUUUAGCAAAGAGAAAUGACAGUACAUAAUUUCAAAAACUUUGUGUGUAGUUGCAAAAGUGUUAUGAAGAAAUGGUGUAUUAGAAUUGACAGCCUCAGAAGUAAAAGCACCUCAUAUAAAGAACAAAUAUACAGUAGUGGCCAAAAGUGAUGUCCAGAGAUAUAUUUAUCAGAGCGGCCACUGAAUCAACAUAUGACUCCAUGUUGCAUCAUUGUUUAAUAUAGAAAUAAGGCUGUUUUCAGUUGCUGUACAACCAAGAAAACUAAAUAUACUCCCUUUUUGUCUGUAAAUUAUAUCUCACACUCAUGUCUUUGUUCAUGUUUAUCCCAUAAUAAUAAUAAUAAUAUGGCAAGAAAAUAGCAAAGGUGAACUAAAAGAAAACAAACACAUGUAUUGUCCUAUUUCUAAAAAAAGGUUUUGGAAGGUCUUAGACUGAAAAAGUUUGGGAACCACCGAUCAAUGAAAAGCAACUUUGAAGAAUAUAAAGUUUAAGAGAGUUUCUCAAAAACAUUUGUUUAUGGCCACCAUUUGAAUAAUGAGAAACAAUACUUAGGCUAGAAAGCAGAGACUUCCCUUUUUGUCAAAUGCUUAAAACCCACAAUGUGUUUUUCAAAAUUAUAGAGCAGGUCAAAAUAUAAUGUAUGUAUGUUGCAUGUAAAGCAAGUUUACCCACCUGCUACUUUCUAUUUGCAUAAAAGCAAAGAAGUGUCCUCUUCCUGUUUUUGUGUGAUUGGCUGCUUCAGGCUCUUUCGGACUGAAACCCGAUAAGUUUCCAGUGUACCUGCAUUAUGUCCACGCCCAGUUUAUACACAAACACUCAUUGUUUCGUCCUCUCUGUCCUUGGUGACCAGCUUUCUGCCUUUCAUUUCACUCACCUCUGACUGUACACAUGUGGGGGAAAAUGGCAGAAACGAAUAUCUCUGUAGAUAAGGAGCAAUUCUGUUGCUCAGUGUGCUUGGAAGUGCUAUGGGAGCCGGUCACUAUUCCCUGCGGACAUAGUUAUUGUAUGGAAUGUAUUAAAGGUUACUGGAGGAAAUGCGAGUUAAGAGAGGAAUACAGCUGCCCUCAGUGCAGACGCACCUUUAGCCCCAGACCUGCGCUGUCUAGAAACACCAUGCUGGCUGAUAUUGUGGAAAAACUGAGGAGAACCGGCGUUCAAGAUCCUGGUGCGAAGGCAGCGGAUGUGGAGUGUGAUGUUUGCACUGGGAAGAAACAUCGAGCUGUUAAGUUCUGUGUGAAAUGUCAGACGUUAUUCUGUGAAAUUCACUUGAAGCCUCACAAUGAAAGGAAUCGCGGUAGGAUGCAUCCGCUUAUUGAAGUUACAAAACAACCGCAGAAAAGAAUCUGUUCACGGCACAAUAAAUUGCGGGAUGUUUACUGUCGCACAGACCAACAGUGCAUUUGUAGUUCGUGCUUAAAAGACGGACAUAAGGGGCACAGCGUGCUGUCGGUUCUGGAGGAGAGGAUGGAAAAACAGAAACAUCUUGAGGAAGCGUGGAAGAAGUCAAAACUGAGGUGUAAGGAACGAGAAAAGGAACUCAAAGACAUUGUAAAAUACGUUAAGCGCUCUGCACAAGCGUUUGAGGAGGACAGCGAAAAGAUCUUCAUCAGGCUGCUGCGCUGCAUUGAAAGGAAGAAUUCGGAGGUGAAAGAGCAGAUCAGAUGUGAGGAGAGAACAGCUCUCAGCCAGACGGAGAAGCUUCUAGAACGACUGAAUCAACAGAUAGUUGAACACAGAAGAGGAGAGGCUGAGCUAGAGGCGCUCUCAAACACUGAGGAUCAUAUCCAUUUCCUACAGAACUAUAAGAUGCUCUGUGCUCCUCCUGACACUGGAAGUCGGCCCAGCAUUGACGUCCAUCCGUACUUUCCUUUGCUGAUAUUGAGAAAAGCUCUCACAGAGCUGAGAGAUAAAGUCAGUGAGGUCUGUGACAGAGAAUCGUCAAAGAUCUCAGAAUUAGUUGAUGAGCACAAUCAGUCAGCUGAAAACUCGCCGAGUUGUCCGUUGAACACUGAAACAGCCCAUACGCAUUUACUACAGACUGAGCCGAGGACCAGGGGAGAUUUCUUACAAUACUGCUGUGAUUUGAUGUUGGACCCAAACACCGCCAACGUUUUCCUCCGCCUUUCUGGAGAAUACUCAGAGGUCACGACCGCCCACGAGCCUCAGCCGUACCCGGAUCACCCAGAGCGCUUCAGCAGCUGGGCUCAAGUCUUGUGCACUGAAGGUCUGUCUGGAUGUGGAUAUUGGGAGGUGGAGUGGGGAGGUGGUGGAGGAGUUUCUAUUGGAGUAUCCUACAAAUCAAUUCCCAGGACAGGAGGGAAUACAGACCGAAAACUGGGAUGCAACUCAAAAUCGUGGAGUUUGGAUUUCUCCGAUUCUCUUUGUUUGUUCCGGCACAGUAAGUUUAGUGUUGAAAUACACACUCCAACACCACACAGAGUCGGUGUGUAUCUUGAUCACAGCGCUGGAACUCUUGCAUUUUAUAGCAUUUCUCUGGCAGAUGAUACCAUGAUUUUGCUGCAUCGAGAGCAGACCACUUUUACUCAACCUCUUUACCCUGGUUUCUGGGUUGGACUGGGGUCCACUUUGAAACUCUGUCGAACUUUCAGCUUCUCAGCUUAGUAGUGCAUUCUGCGCGCUCAUUUUGUUUAAGGGACAGUUCACCAAAAAAAAAAAAAAAAAAAAAAAAAAUAUCAAAA